AUGCGUUGCUCAGCGGUGUCCGGAUUGAUGAUGGCCGUCCUCAUCGGCGACGCCGUCGCUGGACCUGUUCAUGGCCAUCUCCACAAGCGAGCUCACCAAAAGAAGUCUGUCGACUGGGAAAGUCUCGAUUGGAAAAACAUGGACAUCGACUGGGAAGAGGCAUACGCGAAUGGAAAAGCCGGGAAGACCGGCUACAAAACGGAUGUUCCAACUUCCUCCGUAGAGCCCGCCGCUGUCCCAACCCCUUAUGUCGCUGCUGCCCCCGCGUCAGCUCCCGAAGUCGCCCCUGCGAAAGUUUCUCCUGUCCCGGCCACGUACAAACAGUCGUCGACCCCGGCAAAAAAGGUAUCAGACCUAGUUAGCGAUGGCUAUGCCGUAUCCAGCGCCCUCGAUGACCUUCAGGAUCUCUUUAAUGGCGUGGAAGGUUGUGCCAACAAGAUAACCAGCUUCGGCGAAGUUGUGGCAUCAAACAUGGUGACUGGUCCCUUGACCAUUGGUGACAAAUACGUAGGAAACUACGGAAAUCCAUACGGGCACAAUGUCAUGAAGGUCGACUCCAAAUCAGGAUACGACUUCACCAACACCUUCAUCAACACCGGGUCGGAGACCAUAACCAUCAACCUCUGGAACAAGGUCGGCCCAGAUCUCAUGCCGCAAUCAGGGCCAUCUCUUGCUCCCAAGAACACCACCCUCACAUUCGUUCUCAAGCCUGGCGAGUCCCAGACCGUUGCAAUCCAGGAGAACUCUCAGGUCGCAUGGGCUCAAGCGACAGACAACUACCAUAUGUCAGGUGCAUUCGCCGAGUCAUGGGGUGAGGCCAACUUUGUGCCCACUGGUAGUGGCUACAACCUCUCUGCUAUCAUGAGCUCUGGUGGUAACAACUAUGACAUGACCAUCUCCUCUGAGGAGGUCGAAUGCGUCAGCGACCGUACCCAGAACUUCUGGCUCAAGGAGUAUACCCCAAUCGGAGGCAGUGACGGAAGUUGUUACGUUCCCGGAAAAACCAUGCAUUUAACGACAAAGAUGGGUGGACAUGUGCCUGUAUCUUAG